AUGGAGAAGGAACGGCGGGAAGAUGUGUUCUCAGAAGUCGCAAGAAAAUUCCCAAUGAGGGAAUUCAAAAAAUUUGCCAAAUCUGAGAUUGGUCUUGUCCUUGAUCACAAUGACGUCGUAUCGAUUAUUGCGAGCAACAACUACGAAUCAGAAGAGGAACAAAAAGUUCAAAUUCUUCAUCAUUGGGCAGAGAAAAAUGGAACAAGAGCAACAAAUGAAAAGCUAAAACAACUUGUUAUCGACUACUUCAAGAUGGGGGAGAAAAAGGAAACUUAUGAACCUGCCGAAAGACUUGAAGACGUUUUUCAGACGAUCGUUGAAAGAUUUGCAGAUAUCAGGCAAUUCAAACGUUUUGCUCAAUCUAAGAGUGGUCUCUCCCUAGAUCACAGCAAAGUUCGUUCCAUUGACGAAUCUAACAACUCGUCUGAAGAUAAAUGCAUCGAAAUGUUGCAUACUUGGAAACUAAAAACUGAUUUUUUUGAAAAGUCAAAUUUAUCUGCAAAAAUAGAGAAAUUGGUUGAUGACUAUUUUUUCGAAGAAGAUGAAGAAUUUGAGCCAGAAGGUGCUGAAUGUUCGAGCCCAGCAUCUACAAGUCAACAAAUGGCCCGAAAUCAGCAGAGUCAAGAAUAUCACGAUGAUACUAGAAGGAAAUCUGGCACAAGAGACCAUGACGAAACAUGUCAAGACGGGCCGAGAGACGAUGAUGGCGAUAAAAGAGAAAUAAAUCAAUAUCCCAAAGAUAAGGGGGAUUCCACCCAUGGAAGCAAACAAAAAACAAGCUCUGGAGGUUUAUUCGGCAUUUUCAGAGCACGUAAACAUGUAUCGAAGUUUCAAAACACUGUCUGCAAAAGGGCUUGGAAGCAAUCAAUUGGACGAGUUACUGAAGCAUACAAAGAACAGAAUCUCAGGGAACCGACGUUUGAGGUCUAUCCAAAAAUAAAAAGAAUAACUCGUUUUUACCAUGGAGAAAUGGCACCAAAAAAAACAGAGUACAGGAAGGAAGCUGGGUUUAGUGCUCUGCAAGAACAUGUCACGGAGGGAGUAGGAGUUUCAUUGCAAGAACUGAUUGAAACUUUCAAUGAUAAAACAGUGCGACAUAUUGAACUAGUCGGUCAAGCAGGCAGCGGUAAGACCACCUUGACGAAUAGAAUGGUCCGCGACGUAAUCAGUUCUAGUGGCUUAAUUGUUAAGUGGUAUUCAGCAUCUGGCCUUUUCAAAAAGUGGUUCAAGAAACGAUUUAAACUUGUUCAUUUUGUCAAUAUUCGUGAUCUUGUUGACUCCGAUGCAAUCAGUGCCCAAGAACUACUGUUUGGCAACUUAAUUACUGACUUGGAUGGCAAUACCAUUCUGUAUGGAUAUCAAUGGGUCAUCGAUAAUCAAGAAGAUGUCAUUUUCUUCUUUGAUGGAUUGGAUCAGGCACCGUGGACUCUUCCAAAAUCCUAUCAAAAAAUAAAACACGGCGAAAAAGCUAGCACAUCAACCGUGAUGUCCAACGUAAUCUCUGGCCAUCUCUUACCCAGAAUUAAAAUUGUCAUGUCUUCCCGCGAGCAUUGCAUUGCCCCACUAACUGGGAAACUUCGACCUGAUCUAAUUUACGCUUUGACAGGACUAAGCCCUGAUGAUGCAAAGGAUUUAUUCGUAGCCUUGCUCGGCGAUAUCGGCCCACGACAGUGGAAUAAGAUAAGCUCAACUGCCCCAUUUCUAAUCCCUCUCUUUUCUGUUCCUGUUUUCUUGGUGUUCAACGCAAUCGUUCAGUCAUACGAUCCUGACAACACACCGGAUACCAUGACCAGUGUCAUGAUGAACAUUCUUCAAAUUUUAAUCGAAUCCGAGCAUAUACGCGAGAAGGUAAAAAUCGCAGAAAUCCUUCACCAACUGAAAAAAAUCGCAUUCACUGGAACAAGAGAAAAACGCGUCGUAUUUGAAAGUAAAGAAUUGCAAGACAGUGGCAUCGAUACGAAAACCAUCAGGGACAUUGUUAUUAAAGUUCCAGGCAAUUCGAUGUUUAGACAAACUUUACUUGACGGGCAAUAUCGUUUCUUCUUCAGUCACCAGACGAUUCAAGAGAUACUCGCUGCUCUUUACGUUUGUGAGAUGAAUUUACCAGAGUUUGAAGAUUUCGUGCAUCAAUCUCUUCAUCUUGAUCACUGGUCGGUAGUGCGAAGGUUCAACUGUGGAAGUCUACUCAACGACACUCUAGCGAGGGAUGAAUUUGGUCAAUUGCUCAAAAUUGACCAAAAAAACGAAAAACGGGACAUUUUGAGACGUAGCAUGGACGAGGAACUAAAAAAAACACAGGAUUCGUUUUCUUUGAUGGAAAUGUUUGCAUCUCUAUACGAAGCAAAUGAUGCUGAUUUAAUCAAGGAACACGUCAAAGUUAUCAAUUUCGAAAAUACAUCAAUCAACCCCAGUGGAAUGCUAGCGAUUGCAUCGGUAAUGCGACGUAGCGAAAAGCUAGAUCUAGUGCGUUUUUCCCGUUGCAAUCUAGAUAGCGAGUCAAUCGGAAUUUUGGGAAAGAAUGUCAAUAAUACUCAGCUGGAGGUUUCAAGUUUUGAAUUCACCCAAACAGAAGUCGAAAUAUCACGCGACGGAAUGAAAGAAUUGAGCUCUCUUCUGCAAUCGUUUGCUGCUGCAUCAGUCAAUAUUCAUUGCUACUGCAGUGAUGACGCUUUGCUGGCAUUUGCAGAUACUUACAAACGCGGAACGAUCAACAACUUCACUUGGAAGCUUUCAAGCAUGAUAAGCGCAAAAGUAUUUGUUGGUAUUUCUGCGUUUGUUGAAUCUCAUGUUGAUAAGUUCGUAACAAACUAUCAAAAAUCAUUUAAUGAGAAUGACAUCGGAAUCCUCAGUAGGAGCAAAGGAUCAAAAAAGGUAUGCAAGAAAGUAAUUAUGAGAGCAAGUUAAUCUAGCAAGUUUAUUAUGCUGGGCAGAUAAAUAUUUGAAUUACUGUUAAGGAUUGAGUGCAAUAUACACUCCGCCCUUCAACAUACAAUGUUUUACCUUGAAUAGUAUCUGAUGAUGGUUUAGUUAUAUAAAUGACGUAGUUUUCAUUGAAAAAAGCCACUGUGAUGGGUAUUUUGAUAAUGACAAAUUAAG